AUGGGCUGGUCACAGAAACCGGCCAAAGUUCGACGCAACUCCCUGCCCUACGCCAACACCGUAAGCCGCCCGAUUUCGGCGCGAUUCGCGGACGAACUUCGACCAAUCGCCGAGGGCCAUCGACAGACCGCGCAUUCCACAAAUUCGGUCAAUCUUUGCGCUUCGAAUGGGAUGAGAAGUGCGGUUUCUGGGGGCUCCAUAACUUUCUCACCGGUUCGGCCAAAUAAUCAGCUGAGGUGAGUUGAGUGUAAAAUACGUCCCUCUUUCUUCUGUUCUUGAUAGUUGAUUGAUUUGCAGUGAAAUUUGUCAACUAAUAUUCACAUUUUUCAGCUCAAACUUUACUAGUUGCCAUUAACAUUAAUAAAUUUCAACAGAAUCUGAGCCUUUUCUGCCAAAAAUCACUGCUUUCUGACCUCUAACCCAUAAAAGUUUCACGUAAAUCCGGCCGAACGUCGAGUGUUCAAUCAUUUCGUGCCGCCGGUUGACAUGACAAUUACAAGGACAGGGCAUCAAAAAUCUCGCUUGUUAGACAUUGUCACCCCCCUCCGCUCUUCCUCGGGGCCGGUGUGUUUAUCCGCGGCGGGGAUCGCAGACUUUGGGGAGAGCGGCCCGCGAUCCGGAGAUCACCGGGCCGCCCCGAUCAAACGCGCCGUGCCGAGUGUUAAAUUCCACGGGCGGGAUUCCUCGCAUUCCUCGCCGCCUCGAGGCCACCUCCAAUAAAACGCCGGAGGGGGAUUCGCUGUCGGGGCCGGAAUCGCAUUCCAUUCGAUUUUCGGCUAAAAAUAGCUGCAAACCGGCCGGAUCGAUUGCUGAUUGGGACGGAAAUAGGUCGGAGCACCCGCUGCACUACUGUUUAUGUUAUGAAAUACUUUUUGGCCGGCUAAAUGAGUUAAUUAUUGCGCAACGAACCGAAAAUUGUUUACUUUUCGGAAGAAUUUGAGCUUAUUUUGUGGCUCAUAUUUCGGCUAGUUAAAACGCUGACUCAACUUCUUUAUAAUGCCAUAUGAAAGCCAAUGACCUAUACUACGCAUUGCCAGAAGCGUUUAUGUUGAUCUAUCUAUUACUGCUAGUAAUCAACCAAACUUUGUUUACCUAAUUUAUUGCCUAUAUUCCCUAAAAUCAUAACUAAACCUACUUGAUGUGGCUACAGUAACCCUUCAAACCGCCAACUCAUUAUUCCAAUACAAUGACCGUACUCUCCAGAAGUUUGUCAACGAUUACCAACGGCUCCAAUCGCAAUAAACCCUACCAAAAUCACUUCAGCGACUCUGGGUUCGGCUCAACUUUGAGCGCCGAAAGUAGUUGCUCCUAUCUUCCGCCUCCACCGCCUUACCGGCCAAGACUUGGCACCUCUGGCUCGGACUCGCAUGAUGCUCAAGCCUCGACCAGUCCGCCGAAAUGCAUCAAUUUUUCGGCGGGUGCAAUUCGCAUUGGAAGUGGACCAAUUCCCGCCGAGUUGCUGCAAAUUGAAGAGAACGUUGAGCUGAAUCAAGGCGGCCAUCGGAUUCAUCGAUCGUUGUCGGACUCAAAGUAUGGUUUGCUGGAAGUUCGAGGCCCGAAAUUAAGUGUCGGCACGGUGCCGAGUGCCCACAGCUCACCGAGAGAGUCGAAUCAAGCCUUGACGGAGAGCAAUUUGGGCCUGCAGGAGCCGGUGAUCAACUUGAAUAAGGAAAGAGGGUCAAGUUGGGCUCAUUCUCGGAUCAGCCCGGUAUGUUUUGGUGCUAUAUUACUUCAAUUGGGCUAGAUGGACCAUUAAAAAUCAAAAAAUCCCGAAUUUCAGCUGAAAAAUAAUCUUGUGACAGAAUGCCAAAAACCCCGCGAAGUUUAAAUUUUAAGCCUUAAAAGUGUUGAAAGAGACUUCUUACGGCCUUAGGACACAUUCUUAUUACUCUAAAAUGGUUUUUCAAGCCAUUUUUCAGCUUGAUGCAGAAUGCCAAAAACCCCGCAAAAUUUAAAAUUUAACGAUAAAAAUUUUGAAGAUGACCACUUAACGGUCUUAGAGCACCUCCUUACUACUCUAAACCGAUCUUCAAACCAUUUUUCAGCCCAAGACGGAAUGCCAAAAAUCCCGCCAAAUUUGAAAUUCAAAAAUUCCAAACUUUCAAAAACAACUAAAAAUAGGUCCAAGAGGUCUUCAAAAUGAUAUCCUCGAGACCUUCGCGUUACCAGGCCUUGUAUACAUAUAAAUGGGGCAGCGUGAUUUAUGGGGUUCGGCGGCGGGGCUGAAAAAUGCCUCCGGGAAAUUUAUGCACGACCUGGAACAACUGGCUGCAUAUUUAGGGAGUGCGGGUAAUUAGGGGCAGUUGGGACAAAAAAUGACAUUUCUGUAGGAAUGGUAGGGUGGAUUUUUUGAGAUUUUUAAAAAUUUUUGGGGGGUUUUUGAGGCUUUGAAUGAUUUUAUAUGGUUUUUUGACGAAAAAAUGAUAAACUAAAAAACUAAAAAUUUUUUGACAGAAAAAGCCUAUUAGAAAUAUUUGGAGUGGUAGGGCAUAACGGUAAGCAUAAAAAUUCGUCUUAGAAGAUAAAAAAUUUUGUAAAAAUUACAGUUUUUUUUUUGAUUUUUUUUUUUAUUUCUACGCGGUUUUUUUAAUAAAAACUUAUUCAGCUAGUAGCGAUCCACGUAUUUUACAAUCAAUAUUCUAUUUCGAACUUAAUUAUCCCUUAAUUUCUAGAUUCAAAACAAAAUUUUAUAUUUUUCUCCCCUAAAAAAUGAGCUCAAACAAUUUUAAAAAUCGUAUUUUACAAUCAAAAUUUCCUCUCCCCUCUCCAAACCCACUCCAAUUUCCCAUGCAAUGCGCGAAAACCCGGCGGGCAUUUGGCUUUUUCCGAGACCGGAAUCGAACUUCCUUCUAAUAGCCGGGAAUGAAGUGGGGCCUCCCAAAUUGCGCCCCCACGGCUAGAUUGGGGGUUCAAACGAGAAAAAAACGUUAGCCAGCGUUCCUUGUCUAACUAUUUUUGGGGGCUUUUAUGGGGCGGAAAGGCCGAUUUUCGCCCGAUCUUCGAUCAAAUCUGACAAUUUUUCUUAUUUUCCCCCGUUUUCAGAUCUUUUUCGUAAUUCUAGCUAAAAUUUUCCCUCAAAACACGCUUCUUAGAGUGUACCACACCUUGUUUUAUAUUGCAAAAUACUCCUCCAUUCUUUCACGGGGCAUUUUUCCACAAAAGCUAUCGUAUUUUAGCAAAAACAAUCCCAUUUUCGUUCGAAUUUGGCUCCAAUUUCUGUUUACCCACUAAAAAUAACUCAAAACCCGUUCAUAAAUUUCCAUUGCCCCGCGGCGAAGUGCGCAAAUUUCCGCUCCAAAUUUAUGCCCUUAAGGGGUUUUUUGAGGACACAAGAAUUUGGACUAGGCCUAUCCAUUCUUCUCGCUUCUCAUCCUUAAAAAUCGCUUCAAACCCGACGGAAAACUGAGGGGAUAUUGGGCAAUUAGUGACGCCGGAUUUUACCAAUUUUUAUUGCUUUAUAUUAGACAUUACUUUUAGAAACAAACACAAAACUUAAUCUUUUUUUUGUCUUGCACAGAGCAGAAAUUUCAGAAAUUUUUCAUUUCUUUCUGCACCGUGCAAUAUUUUUUUUCUUUUGCGCAAUGAAAAAAAGUUUUCAUUCCUCACCGCACUGCGCAGCGACCUUCUUUUUUGGUUUUGCACUGUGCAAAAAUAAAGUUUUACUUUUGCACUGUGCAAAAAAUUUUCAGUUCUCUUUGCACCGUGCAACAACUUUGUCUUUUGCACUGCGCAAAAAUUAAGUUUUCUUUUUGCACGGUGCGAAAAACGUUUUUUCUGUUGCACUAUGCAACCAAACAAGAUCUCAGUGCACUGUGCGGCCUGCAUGUUUUUUUGAAAUGAAGCUUUGACUUUGCACAGUGCAAAUUUUCAUAGCUUUCUUUUUGCACGGUGCAAAAGAAAUUUUUUUCUGUCGGACUGUGAAAAUUUUUUUAUUCAUAAAAUUUGAGUGCACUGUGCAGCUAAAAAUUUUGCACUGUGUAGAAAUGAAGCUUUGCUUUUGCACUGUGCAAAUUUUCAUUGUUUUCAUUUUGCACGGUGCGGAAAAAUGUUUUUUUUCUGUCACACUGUGCAGUCAAAAAAUUUGAAUGCACUGUGCAGCCAAAAAUUUUUCGCACUGUUCCAAAAACCUUUCCCUUGCACUCUGCGAUCAAAAAGGAUUGGCCGCACAGUGCAAUGAAAAUAUUGCAGAAAUUGCACAGUGCAAAUCCAAACUAUUUUUUUCAUUUUUACCUUAUGCCCUCCGGCAAGCUCCUCAAAUGCUCCCUUCAAAUUUCCUCCAUCUUAUCAUGUUUUCGCAGAGGCAAUAUUGAACAUGGCCUUAGGCCAUUUUCUUUGUCCAAAUUUAAAUUUGUCCACGGGGAUGAAACCAAGACUUUUUUUUCGUGGAGGGGGGAUGGGAAGGCCGAAAGGUUUUGCGAAGCCGAAGAGUUUGGAAGGGCAAAGGUUUUUGCCGGAGGGGUUUUGCGCACUCGUCUAAUUGGACAAGGGCCAGUUUCUUUUUGCGUUUUUUCGAAUUGAAAUUGGACCGUUUUUUCGUGGCGGGAACAUCGCUUUUUUUUCAGUGUGCAAAAGUUGUUGAGCAAAUUUUUUGGCUGGUGUCUUAAGUGUAUUAGUUCGGGAAAGGAAAAAAUCUAAAUACUUUUGUGGAAUAGAGUACUGUAGAAUGACGUCGUUUGUUUGUUUUUGCACAGUGCAGUCGAAUUAAGAAAGUUGGCGGAACUUCACUGUGCGAAAACAAAAAUUCGGAUCUGCACAGUGCAAGUGAACUUUUGAGGACUGCACUGUGCAACGGCGACAAAAAAAAUUUUGAUUCCGCACUGUGCAAACGCUCUCGAAGAAAAAAUGUACCGUGCAUAAGAAAACAAAAAGCUGCACUGUGCAGCAGCGACAAGGAUUAGAAGAAAAACUGAAAUCUCAAUAUUUGCCUCAGGGAUUUGUAUUUCCCUGGUCAGAGAUUGACUCAAUAUUGUGACCAGUAGCCACAUGUUUUUCCCCGAAUAAUAUCCCGAGGAAAGCCCGAAGAAGGCCUGAUCCUAACUGGAUUUCGUCGGAGCCUCUUGUUUCGGCGGGCUCAACAAAAAAUUCGGGAUGAAAACUGCGGGGAAUUAGCCCGCCCUGAGGGUAAAUUUCGGGAUUUUGUUUGGAAAAUACGUCAAAAAAAGUAAUUCAUAUUAGACUUGGUAUCAAGUUUCAAAAAAAGUUUUUUUGAGGGUAAAAUAUGUUCAGAAAUUAGAUUUGAGGCUGUUGUAAUAUACAUACGUGUAUCAUGGCCGAAUAAUUUUAGAGUCCUUCCCCGUCGAUGUCCACGGUCUCCUGUCCGGAGUACCCCGAACUGCAAGAAAAACUUCGACGAUUGGCGAUUACUCGAGAUACCUUGUGCUUACAGGUAGGCAACUGUAAUAAUUUUGCUUUCCCUUCGUCUCAAAGACAUUUUGAACUAAUUUUCUGAGUUUCUACACCAUUUUGUCAAAAAUUUUUUUUAAGUUCCCGCCAAAGUUUAAAAUCAAACAAAUCUUGGCAUUAUGUUUCAAGUACGAAAAUGGGGACUUAUCAGCUUCUUUAAGCUUACAACAUCCUAAUCUGGUGAUUGUAUGGUUUCCCAGCAGAAUUUUUUUUUGUAUUUUUAAUCUUCCCGCCAAAUUUUUAAGCCUCUGGCAUUAUGUUGCAAGCUUCUAAAACGACUAAAAAUUGCAAAAAAAAAUAGAUUUUAAGAAACAUGUUAACCAAAAAUCAUGUAUUUUUACAAAUUUCUUACUGUACUGGAUUACUGUACUUUAUUGACGACAAAUUUCAAAAAAUCUUGAAUUCAGCUUAUGAUUACGAAUUUUCUGGUAUCUGUGUUGUAAAAUCCUUUUUUAUAUUUCAGGUGGCAGUCCUAACCGACCAAGUUGGCGCACAAAGGGAACAAAUCCAAGAUUUGGAGACUAAAUUAGCCGAUAAACGAAGGAUUUAUUCGUAUGAAGUGCUCUCAAACAGUAAUGUAAGAAUUUAGCCAAAAUCAUAGAGGCCGUAUUUUACAAAUUUCAGGAGGACCCCAGCUACAAGGCGGAUUUGCACAAAGAAAUUACCGAGCUGAAAUCGCGCUUCACCGUUAUGGAAAGGGAGAAAGCUGAAGCCGAAAAGAGACUGCAGAAUAGUCAGGUGAUUUUUUUAUAAAAAACAAUUGAUCUCUGCAAAUUUUUCCAGUAAAUAAAUUUUUGAUUUAGGCCGAAAUUGAGCGUCUCACUCAUUCCAUGCAGACCUUGAUGAAUCAACACAACUUGUCGAUGAGUCGACCGGAAACGAACGAGCAAAGUAAGAUUUUAACGUUUUAAAAUACGUCGUUGCUAAUUAGCAUUGUAUGAAAAAAAAUUUGCUUUGCGCGGAAAAUUAAAAAAUUUUUUUUUGUCUUUUAAACGGAGCUCCGCGGAGCUAAUUUUUCUCUUGCACAGUGCGGAAUUUUUCAUUGCAUGGUGCAAACUUUUGUGCUCAAGAUUCUUAAAAAGUUCUGUGCAAUAAAAAAAAUUUGUCAACUGCACUGUGCAAAAUUUUCUUUCAAUUUUUUUGCACCGUGCGAAAUUUUUUUUUGCAACUUUAAACUGCACAGUGCAAGAUUUUUUUUUUGAUAUUUUUUGCACAGUGCAGAAUAAAGUUUUUUUAUUUUCUUGCGCCGUGCAAUAUUUUCCAUCUAUUUUUUUUCUGCACUGUGCAAAUUUUUUUUGAUUUCUUUGCACGGUGCAAAAAAAUCUGCUUUUUUUCUAAAAAUUUAAUUUUCAGACCAAGAAAUGGAGCAGCUCCGGAUAAUUGUCCAGCGUCUGAUGGCCGAUAAUGAGCAGAAAAAAUUGGAAAUCAACUCGCUCCGUUCCCAAUUAGGCGAACAGCGAUCUUCCUCUCGAUCCUCUCAACUGGAAAAUGGCUCAAAUUCAUCGCAACGCUUCCAAAAUCAAAACCCCUCACCCACACCGCCGAAUCGACCAAAACAUCAGCCGGUCGAUAUAAAUCAACAAAUUCGGCGGUUGCUUUUCGAUGACGUCAAGGAGAACAUGGCGCAUUCCUCGUCUUUCCCCGCCUCUCUGUGCAGUUCGGUCCAUUCAAAUGUGAAUUUUAACGCAAGUCCGAGCCAUUACAUCCAUCGAUCGCCCAUCCCUCCGUCGGCUUCGUAUUUGUCGAGUUUGAGUGCCGGAGGGCAACCGCAUCAGCAGAGUGUCAGCUGGCAGCCAGUGGCUUCGAAUUCGACAACGCCGAGGCCGAUUCAUCAGACUACGUCGUUGUUUGCGCAACCGACCAAUUCUGGGUGAGUUUUUUUUUGGAAAAGUGUUUUGCACAGUGCAAUUCGAAAAAAUGUGUUUUUGCACGGUGCGGAAACAAAUUUUGUGUUUCGCACGGUGCAAUUGGAAAUUUUUUAUUUUUUUGAUGUGGAAAAGAAAAAAAUUAUUUUUUUUUUUUUUUUUUGAAAUUCACACUGCAGAAGAAUAAAAAAACCAGCACAGUGCAGAAAUAAGAAAAACAAAAAUUUUGCACAGUGCAAAAAAAUAAGAAAAAUAAAGUUUCCGCACAGUGCAAAAAAUAAAAAAAAAAUUGCGCAGUGAAAAAAUUCUGAAUAAAAAGAUUGAAAAAUAACGCCCAUUUUUUCAGAAUAGCUCCAUCUUCCCCAACAGCUCGUCAAUUGGCCGCAGAACUGGACGAAAUCCGCCGAAUCGGUGGUGAACUUCAUUUCCAUACAAAUCAGAAUGGCCAAACCACUAGUCUGCCUCGCCCUCUUCAUUCUAAGGUGAGUUUUUGGGAACAAAUAAAAAAAAAUUUUUUUGCACGGUGCAAUUUUUAUAAAAAAAUGUAAAAACGGACUGCACUGUGCAAAAAAUCAGAAUUUUUUUUUUGCACUGUGCAAAUAAGAUUUUGAAAUUUUUUCCAAAAAUUUUUUAAAAAAAUCGUAUUUCAAAAAUUUUUUCAGUCCAUAUCCGCCCUGAAUCUUCCCCGUCCCCGGCUCUCCGCCACCAGUUCCACACACAUUGGAGGUGAGUCUGAAGCCCGCCCGACGUCGCAGGUUUUGGCCGGCGAUCCGGCGUUGAAGCGUUGGUUGAAAUUGAAUUCAGAUCCCAAACUGGCGCAGGCCAAGCGCUCUCUGUCCACGCCCAAUCUGAAUCGUGGCGCGUGCCGUGAAUUGAAUGAUUUGAGUGAGAGUUUGAGGUUGAAUUGUCCUCAGUUCACUAACAAAUUCUAAUAUUUUUUUUGUUUUUUUGAGGCUUGAAAAGUGCAGUUAUUAACAAAAAAAUAAAUUUUUUGCAUUUUUUCCUUAUUUUUGCCCUAAAAACGUAAAAAAAUCGCUGAUUUCAACUAACGGCUUUGCCUAAAAUUAGCCUUAUAUACUUUUCGACCAAGGUACAUAUCGUAUUUUACAAAUUUCAGCCGACAGCGACGACGAAAUCGGCCGUUCUCGACCCAAAACCUCCAAUAAUUUCAAACGCGGCCGAACCCGCUCAACUUUGCGAAAUCUCUUCGGCAAGUUGACCCGUUCCACCUCGCAAGAGAUCAAGUCGAAUGCAUUCCAACGAGGCCUCAAAUCCUCGGCCAGCGCGAGGAUUGUCUCGUUGGGCGCCCCCUUAACCGGAGCGAUUCCAAUUCGGCCGUUGGCCCAAAUUUUCUGCGAUUGGCCCACGGAAACGGUCUGUGAGUGGCUGGCGGAAGUUGGGCUGGGACAAUAUGCCCCAGAGGCCGAGAAACAUGUCGCAACUGGUAGAUAUUUGUUGAACAUGGGGAUGAAUGCGAUGGAGAAAGAGCUGGGAAUCAAGAGUUGUCUGCAUCGGAAGAAGCUGAGAUGUUUGUUGAAUGCGAUUGAUAGAAAUCAUGGAAAUGUCCCGGAGCCUGCCGAUAACAUGGAUACUCAUCAGGUUAGAUAUUGUUUGAAUUGCCUGAAAUUUUGAUUGUUUGCAUUGCACAGUGCAAACUAUAAAUUUUUUGUUUUGCACAGUGCAAAUUGGGGAUUUAAAAUUCUGCACAGUGCAGUCUAAAAAAGGAUUGAUUGCACUGUGUAAAAUCUAAUUUAAGAUUUUUUUUGUGCCGCAAAAGAACAAAAAAAAUGUUAUUUUUUGCACCGUGCAAAAACAAAAAAAAAAAAUGUUUUUGCACUGUGCAGAAUUGCAAAACUUUUUUAUUAAAUUUUCCAUUUUUCAGGUGAUGCUCUGGCUCGACGACAUUGGUCUACCUCAACUACGCGAUGUUUUCGCUGAAAACAUGAUCGACGGUCAGAUGUUGCUCUACCUAACAGCGCAAGACCUGGUCGAAAUGAAAGUGACCUCAGCGAUGAAUCAUGCAACUUUAGCCCGGGGAAUUCAAUUCCUUCGUUCUGUUGACUUCAAUUCCCAUCGAUUGGAGAAGACGUUCAAUUUGGAGAUCUUGCAGAAGCCUCAAGCCCCGGAAGAGGUGGAGAAAUGGGCCUAUACUUGUGUGGUGCAGUGGCUGAAGAACAUUGAUUUGUCCGAAUUUACGCCGAAUUUGAUGUUUAGUGGGGUUCAUGGAGCUCUUAUGGUAAGUUGGGGUUUUUUUUAUUUUAUGAAAAUAAAAAAACUCUGAAAAUUUAAAAAAAGCUUUUUUUUGAAAAUGUAAAAAAAAAGAUUUGGAAAAAUUUAAAAAAUCAAAAUUAAAAAAAAAAUUUGAAAAAUUUUAAAAAAUCCAAAAAUAUAUCAAAAAUUUCAAAAAAUCCCAAAAAAUCCGGUUCAAUUUCAAUACUUUUUUCCAGGUCCACGAGCCCACAUUCACUGCCGAAUCUCUGGCCGAAGUUCUUCAAAUUCCAGCGCACAAAACCCUCCUCCGAAGACACUUGACCACCCAUUAUAACCGACUUUUGGGCCAAGACAUCAUCACCAACAAGCGAGAAGUCCUCAGCCAACCUCAUGUUACUUCUUUGACUCCGAACUUGAGGAUUAGAGUAAGACUGUUUUUGAAAUUCUAAAAAAGAAAAAAAUAUUUUCAGCUGCUGAAACGUGGAUUCUCGUUGCCUCGAAAACGGGCGAAGAAUGAAGUUUUAGUAGAGCCGGAUGUGUCGGUGUGCCCGGGAACCCUUCCAAUGCAGGUAAUAGGAGUUUUAAAAUACGUCAAAUUAUAAUAGAUGUGGCGUUUAUUUUGCGUCGUGGACGAUAAAAAAUUCUCAAAAAUUCAUAAAUUAUAUGUUGCAAAACAAAUUGAAAGUUUGCGUAGUGCAAGAUUUAGCAUUUUCCGUGCAAAAAAGUUUUCAUUUUUACGCUUAUUUUCUUUUUUUCUGCAGUGUAAAAAUUCCAAAAAAAAUUUUGCACAGUGCAAAAGUACAAAAGCACAAAUCUUGUCUGGAACUGUUAACUACCGGUCCGUGAAAAAAAUCUUUUGUACUGCGUAGACCACAUAGGCCUUCAGGGCACUCAGAAACCCCAAACUUUUUAUUUCUUUUUUUCUUUGCACUGUGCAAACCGUAAAAAUCGUUUUUUUUGGCGUUUGCACAGUGAAAAAAUAAAAAAAAUUCGUUUAUAGUAAACUUAGGUCCAUACAAAUAAAUUUUGCACUGGGCAGACCACAUACGCCUUUAGGACAUUCCAAAACCUUAAUUUUUUCUAUUUUUCUUUUUGCACAAUGCAAGGCUCAAAAAAGUUAUGUUUCUGCCUAUUGUACGGUGCAAAUCUCGAAACACACCAAAAAAAUCUACAAAAUCGACAAAUAAAAAAAAAUCCUCUAAAAAAUGAAAUUUUCAGCUCAACUCCACGACCACUCUGAGCUCCUUCGUUGACCCAACAAGUAAUGUGUAA